AAACGAUCACCCAGAAUUAGUCGGAGAAAAAAAAAAGUGAGCCAUCAGCUCGCUAUUCACCAGAUAUUUAAUUGGUAUAUUAAUUAUUUGACCCAGGAAUUCUCUCGUUCCGGCUGAUCCUUGGCUGUACCACCGCUGUCUCUUCCUCUUUCCAUCUCAGCUUACAGGCGACAUGUCUCCGCCUCCCUCAAAUCCUUUUUGUUGCAUAUAGUAUCAGUAUGACGAUUUUCUGAAAGGUUGGUGAAAUACCAAGACCAAGGCGACGCAUCUAUCGUCAGAAUGAAGACAGGCGUCUCGCAGGCGCCGGGAGAUUACGUCUACUUCAAGUCGCAAGUGCCUCUCCAUAAGAUCUCCAUUGGUGACAAGCAAUGGAAAUACUAUGACUUUGGUCCCAAAUCAGUACCCCCUCUUAUUUGCAUCCCUGGAAUUGCGGGAACUGCAGAUGUAUAUUACAAACAGAUCCUGUCCGUUUCCAAAAAGGGUUAUCGAGUGAUUUCUGUUGAUAUACCACGCGUUUGGAAUCAUGUUGCAUGGGUUCAUUCAUUUGAGAAAUUCCUGGAUACGCUUAGUAUCUAUCAUAUUCAUCUUUAUGGAACAUCACUUGGCGGAUUCCUUGCAUUGAUCUUUGCACAACAUCGACCAAGACUGGUUAAGUCCCUUGUUCUUUCAAACACAUUUUUGGAGACACACAAGUUUGCAGCUGCCAUGCCAUGGUCUCCUAUUGUUAAUUGGACUCCUGCUUUUCUGUUGAAGCGAUACUUCUUAUCAGGAAUCCGUGAUGGUUCACAUGAGCCAUUCAUUGCUGACUCUAUAGAUUUUGUUGUUUGCCAGGUGGAGACUUUAUCAAGUGAUGAUUUAUCGUCAAGGUUAAAGUUGAAUGUUAAUGUUGCAUCAGUUGGCUCUCUUUUGCUCUCAGAUUCCUUCAUCACAAUCAUGGAUACAAAUGACUACUGUGCUGUUCCUCAGCAGCUGAAAGACCAAGUGAGUGAAAGGUUUCCUGGAGCUAGACGAGCCAUCCUCAAGACUGGUGGUGAUUUCCCCUUUCUUUCUCGUCCAGAUGAGGUGAACCUAUAUCUUCAGCUCCAUCUAAGACGAGUAGGGGGCGAAGCACAGUUAGAUAAUCUACUGGGAACUUCAAAUGAUGAUGGCGCUGAGCAGUCCAACAAUGAUAAUAAUGGCGGAAACAAUUUUGGCAAUCUUCCUGGACAAAGGAACGAUGGAGCUAAUGAUAGUGCCUACCAACCUGGAAGUUCUGGACAAAACGGGGAUAAUAAUGGUUUUACUGUAAAUAAAUUGUCAAUAUGAAGGAAUUCGCGACCUUUCCACUAAUCAUGCGGGUAUUGCUCUUCCAUAAAGCUACAUCACCAAAUAGCUGCAUUUUUUGUCACUUGUAAAAUAUUCCUCGAUUUUAGAGAUUUUGUUUAACAUGAAUUUCUGUGCAGUUGUUGUCGGGUUCAUGCAUACACGUGCACGCAUUUAUUUUAAAAAACAUGGCUCUGAGAAAAAUGAGGUGGGCUCAUGCUGGGCAUGUGUUUAUUUUGGUUUUA